UCAUUCACCAUGUUGCUCCUUCAGUGGCUGUUGCUGUUUCUGGACUGCGGGACUCAAGCUUCUCAUUUUAGUGGCACCACGAUGACCUACUACCCAAAGGAAACUCAGGCAAAUGGAUCUGUCUCAGUGAUCCUUCGCUACAAGUCGAACUAUGUCUUCUACCUAGUGGCUGGUCCAUGGACUUGCACUGGAAACUGUGGAACAGAGACUCAGAUUACUUCAUCAGCCAAAGUUGAUGAAAGCAGCGGUGAAUGGUGUCAAAGUGAAAGCAUCACAACUCGGCAGCUUCUCAACAACUUCACUUUUCAACUUGUGUUCGCUGGUGGAGACUGGAUAAGCGACAUAAAAAAUAGCAUUACAUCCUGGAGAGCUGUGACUAGUGUUGACCUGAGGAAAAGAUCUGACACGGGCAAACCCAACACAUCCCCACAGACCACCAUCCUUCCUGUUCUGAGGUAAUGUUGGUGAAUCACAUGUUGGUGUUUGACUAUGACCUGUGCUGCAGUUAAAGCUGUUACAGCGAAUCUAUAGAACAGGCUAGGUCUUGAACACAAACAACGGUAACUGAACACUCACUUCUCCUCUCGGGCAUCUUCCCUCAGAUGCUUCUGCUGGAACCGGAAACCCACAUUGCCAGAGAAAACCAGAUAGCGAUAAACACCAGUUGUGUUGUCUAGGUCCAAACGUCUGUUGUUUUCCUUGACUUCAAAUGGUGAUUUUCUUCGGGACUCUUGUAGUUUGUCCCAAAGUUGAAGAGGUAGCAGCCGGCUGUUUCUCCUUCUCUGAUAUAAUUGAGCUGAGAACCUCUCACACAAGUGUGUUCUGGUGCUAAAAGUGCAAGUGUGUAAUGA